AGGUCUCUGUUCUGUGUCAUAACGCUACUAGCCCAUCUUCUGCACACACACACACAGAGCGAAGCUGAUGUAGAGAGAGAAACUAGAGUGAGAAAGCUUUGGAAUCUAGAGAAUUUCCAGUUGAUUGAGGUGAUUUUGGUGUUGUGUCUGACUGAACAUCUGUUUUUGGAGAAUCGCGUCGGGGAUGUGAGAUCCGUAUCUUGCGAAGAAACUCCUCGAAGGUUCGGAAAUGGCUACUUCAGAGGUUACGGCGGCCAGGGGUUACGCUGAGUCGAGUUGUGGCUCGUGUGCGCCGCCUCCUGACGGUGGUCGGAGUGUCUCCGGAGCCGGUAAAGAUGUUGAGAGAGCGUUGUACACGGAGCUAUGGCGGGCUUGUGCCGGGCCGCUGGUGACAGUGCCACGUGAGCAGGAGCUGGUGUUCUAUUUCCCGCAAGGUCAUAUCGAGCAGGUUGAAGCAUCAACUAAUCAAGUGGCAGAGCAGCAGAUGCCAAUCUAUAAGCUUCCUUGGAAGAUCCUCUGCCGCGUGGUUAAUGUCCUGUUGAAGGCUGAAGCAGAUACUGAUGAGGUUUAUGCACAAGUAACAUUGAUGCCGGAAGAGAAUCAAGAUGAGAAUGCAAUUAAGAAGGAAACCGUGCUACCUUCACCACCACAUGUUCAAGUACAUUCCUUUUGUAAGACGCUUACAGCCUCAGAUACAAGCACCCAUGGAGGAUUUUCAGUGUUGAGACGGCAUGCUGAUGAGUGUCUCCCGCCAUUGGACAUGUCCCGGCAGCCUCCAAGCCAGGAGCUGGUGGCCAGGGAUCUGCAUGGAAGUGAGUGGCGCUUCAGGCAUAUAUUUCGGGGCCAACCACGGAGGCACCUCCUUCAAAGUGGUUGGAGUGUCUUUGUUAGUUCAAAAAGGCUUGUUGCUGGUGAUGCCUUCAUAUUUUUAAGAGGUGAGAAUGGGGAGCUUCUUGUUGGGGUUAGACGCACAAUGAGGCAUCAGAGUAACAUUCCAUCAUCUGUUAUAUCCAGUCACAGUAUGCAUCUUGGUGUGCUGGCAACAGCAUGGCAUGCCAUUCAGACUAAUACCAUGUUUACGGUGUAUUACAAACCUAGGACAAGCCCCGCAGAAUUUAUUAUUCCACAUGACCAAUAUAUGGAGUCUGUGAAAAAUAACUAUUCCAUAGGAAUGAGGUUCAAAAUGAGGUUUGAAGGAGAAGAAGCUCCGGAGCAGAAGUUUACUGGAACUAUCGUUGGAAUUGAAGAUUGUGAUCACCAAAGGUGGCCGGAAUCGAAAUGGAGAUGCCUCAAGGUGCGGUGGGAUGAAACUUCCACCAUUCCUAGGCCGGACCGAGUUUCACCUUGGCAAAUAGAGCCCUCUCUUUGUCCAUCUGCACUUAAUCCACUUCCUGUACCAAGAUCAAAAAGGCCUCGAUCGAAUGCUUUUCCAUCUUCACCUGAUUCAUCUGUUCUUACAAGAGAAGGUUCAUCCAAACUAUCUGUAGACCCCUCUUCUGCCAGUGGGUUUUCAAGGGUCUUGCAAGGUCAAGAAUUAUCGACCUUGAGAGGUGCCUUUGCAGAAAGUAAGCAGUCAGAAUCAUCUGAGAAGCCAACACCAUGUCCACCAUCUGUGAAUGAUGAGAAGCUUGAUGAUCUUUACGCAUCACACCGCUGUAGUUCAAAUAAACGUUUGUCUUUAGGGAGGCCAGAAUCAUCAUUUACAGCUCUUCUAUCAUCAGGUUUUGGGAUGUACAUUAAUUCGUCCCAUGGCCUUUCUUUUCAGUCAGGGGAUCAAAUGCCAGUUCCUGCUAGUUUGGUGAAGCGACAAACUAAAUGUCAGGAAGGGGAGUUUAACUUACUUGGAAAACCAUGGCCUGCUGUACCCUCUGCCUCUGGUCUAUCACUUAAUUUGAUGGAUUCAAGCAGUAAACCUCAUGGACAGGGUUCUGAUACACCUUAUCAGGCACCAGGAGACUCUAGGUGUGGUGGCUUAAGUGAGUAUUCAAUGCUACCUGGUCAUAGACUUGACAGUCAGCAGGGGAACUGGUUUAUGCCUCCAACUUCUUAUCUGCAAAUACCUGCUCAUUCUAGAGAACUGAUGCCAAAACCAGUAUCAGUACAACAGCACGAGGCAUUUGAACCAAAAAAGGGGAACUGCAAACUAUUUGGCAUACCUCUGAUUAGUAAUUCUUCUUCAAUGGGUCCUCCUAUGUUAAGUGAAAAUGCAAUGACUGAGUCAAUAGUCCAUAGCGAUUUGGGUAUAUCCUCUCAUCAGUCACCUGCAAUUGAAUCUGAACAAAGGUCUGAGCAACCAAAGGACUCUAAAGUGAUAAAUGGAGUUACAGGCAAUGAGAAGGAAAAAGAACUUCAAACCUUUCAUGUUGGUGGUAGAGGAAGGGUGGGCAAGGUCUGCAGUGGUUCAACAAGGAGUUGCACCAAGGUUCAUAAACAGGGCACUGCCCUUGGUAGGUCCGUAUAUCUUGCCAAGUACAACAACUAUGAUGAAUUGAUUGCUGAACUGGACAAUCUGUUUGAUUUUAAUGGUGAACUUAAGGCACGGAACAGCAAUUGGAUGGUUGUGUAUACUGAUGGUGAGGGUGACAUGAUGCUUGUCGGAGAUGAUCCGUGGCAAGAAUUUUGUGCUAUGGUUCAUAAAAUUCACCUCUACACAAAAGAGGAGGUGCAGCAUAUGAAGCCAGGAACUCUGACUUCAAAGGAUGAGGAUACAUCGUCGAUUGCAGGAUUGGACACCAAGGAAGUGAAGGUUUUGCUGCCUCCUCCUAAGUCCAGUGCUGAGGAAUGUUGAUUUCUCCUCAGAUCUAGGUUGAUAAUGCUGCCAGGAGAAGACAAGUAUCCUUUCAGGUUGUUUGAUUUUGUGGGGAUGCUUGAAUGCAGUGAGAUGCAUGUAUGUAUCAUUGCAGCUUCUUAUAUUUUUGCAAUUUUGGACCCCUUGGAAGCCAACUUAUGGUUCCCUAUUCUAUACAUAGUAUGUAUAUUGGCAUUAAUGAGGUAACACUGCUUUUGAAUGUUUCACAUUUUUGUACAUAGUAGUUCUGUAAGUAAGAAAAGUUAAUACGAUUACUCGAAUGCCUUUGCAGUUGUUUUUUGUAGAGUUUAUGUUUUGGGAGUUGAAAUGUCAACCGUUACAUGGGACCGGCAUUAUAGUUUAUACAUCCAUCAUGUUCUUGAUGCAAUUUAAUAUUUAUGGGA